AUGAGUAAUACUGAUUUUCUGGGGCGGGCGAUCGAAACGGUCAAGAAGGCGAUCGAGAAUGACAACGAUGGCGAGUACGAAAAGGCUUAUCAGAUGUACUACUCCGCACUGGAAUUGUUCAUGUUGGCCUUGAAAUGGGAGAAAAACCCAAAAUCUAAAGAGAUGAUCCGCUCAAAGGCCGGUGAAUAUAUGGACCGCGCGGAGAAGCUUAAGAAUCACCUGGCCGAGGAUCGGAAAAAACCAAGUGCGGUUGGCGCAAAUGGGAAGGUGGCGCAAGGCAGUGGGAAGGGAGGUGAGUCACUGUCCUACGUUAUCCCCGCUAACAACAACGGCUCGCACAGAAAGGAAGAUGACGAUAACGGCGAAGAUGCGGAAGCGAAAAAGCUUCGAUCGGCGCUUCAAGGAGCGAUUCUGUCGGACAAGCCGAACGUGAAGUGGGAGGAUGUUGCUGGCCUGGAGAAUGCAAAGGAAGCAUUGAAGGAAGCAGUUAUUCUUCCCAUCAAGUUCCCCCAUUUGUUCACUGGCAAGCGUCAACCCUGGAAAGGUAUCUUGCUUUACGGUCCUCCAGGAACGGGAAAAUCUUAUCUUGCCAAAGCCGUGGCAACGGAGGCAAAUAGCACAUUCUUCAGUGUCAGCAGUAGUGACCUUGUCUCGAAGUGGAUGGGUGAGAGUGAAAGACUCGUGAAGCAGUUGUUUAACAUGGCUCGUGAGAAUAAGCCCGCGAUUAUCUUCAUUGAUGAGGUUGAUGCGCUGUGCGGACCCCGUGGCGAAGGAGAAUCUGAGGCCUCACGGCGUAUCAAGACUGAACUACUUGUACAGAUGGACGGUGUCGGCAAAGACUCCAAGGGCGUUUUGAUUCUGGGGGCAACCAAUAUCCCCUGGCAACUGGAUGCUGCCAUUCGACGACGGUUCCAGCGAAGAGUACACAUCAGUCUUCCCGACUUCAAUGCACGAAUGAAGAUGUUCAUGCUAGCCGUAGGCUCGACGCCAUGUCAAAUGACCCAAACCGACUACCGCCAACUAGCCGAUCUCAGCGAGGGAUACUCCGGUAGCGAUAUUAGUAUUUGCGUGCAGGAUGCACUGAUGCAGCCAAUCCGCAAGAUUCAAGGAGCAACACAUUAUAAAAAGGUACUCGACGAGGGCGUAGAGAAAGUCACGCCCUGCUCACCGGGGGAUGCGGGCGCAGAGGAAAUGACCUGGCUCGACAUCGAUGCUGAUAAGCUUCUGGAGCCACCUCUCACUCUGAAGGAUUUCAUCAAAGCCGUUAAAAACUCUCGACCAACCGUUAGCGGAGAGGAUCUCACGAGGAACGCUGAAUGGACCCAAGAAUUCGGCAGUGAGGGCGCCUGA